AUGACAUUGUUUGGAAUGAAGUAUUUUGUGUAUCUUUCGACUCAGAUAUCAACAUGGCAGAACCGAGUAUUGUUAGAAGCUCAGUGUCAUUCAUUAGAUUUCGUUCUUCGUAUAUGUGUGAACAUGGACCAAUGGUUGGAUGCAUGUGUGUCGAUGGAGAGAGCGAUGACAGCUAUUCAAGGUGCUGCAUUUAUGAAGGCAAAAAGUAAACAGUUAGCGAAAAGACUUGUUGUGGUGGUGUUUAUCUUAAUUAUUUCAACGUCCAUUCACGAUCCGAUUCAUCGACGUAUAUUCGAAGAGAAGAACGAUUACGAUGAUGGUAAAAUUCGGAUCUCGUGCAUCGUCGAAUGUUCUCCAACUGUAGAAACUUACGAUCGGGUGGUGAACACAUUGAAUUUUUUCGUUCCGUUUCUUAUAAAUUUCAUUUCUUCACUUAUUCUCAUAGCGAAAAAGACUCAACAGAAAGUUCGCUUUAACAAAGAUCAAAAUUCGAAAGCUGUGUUUGGGAAACAAAUCGUCGGUCAUCAACGUUUAUUGAUUGCACCUGUGGUUCUCUUCCUUCUUGCCUUACCACGUUUGGUUCUUUCGUAUAGUAAAAUAUGCAUGAACUCGGCAAAGGAUUCUUGGUUAUUUUUGAGUGGAUAUUUUCUUUCAUUUAUUCCAACAAUGAUCACUUUUCUGAUAUUCGUUUUACCAUCUGAGUUUUACACAAAAGAAUGUAAAAAGUUUUUUCGUAAGCGAUUAAAUAGUAUUUCUCCACUAUCACAAUGA